GAUGAUGUUGAUUCCUUUCUUAAAGCCUAUGGACAAUAUCAUGGAUUUGCCAUUAUUAAAAAGAGAGUUGAGCAACGUGAUGAUGGUACAAUUAAGCAUCGAUCUUUUGGAUGCGAAUUUGGGGGAAAGUAUACACCCCAAAAAAGUAUUGAUAUCAACGUCCACCUUACAAUGUUUAAAAAUGCUCACAAUCAUAAACUUAAUCCUGAGAAUUGUAAAUAUAGUGCUAAGUUCAGAUCUAUUGAAAAGGAUGCACUAAAUGACAUCGAAUUUUAUACAAAAAGUGGAAAUCUUUCGAUUACUGUACAAUGCCAAUUAUUAAGAGCAAAGUAUCCAGAUACAACCUUUUUAGACAUGGAUCUUGCUAACGCUAUUCAACAUUACAAAGUAAAAUCUCGAGAUCUUGAAGCAGAUGCUUUACAUCUUCUAUCAUUUCUUACUGAAAAACAUUCAGAGUCAGGUUGGAGUAUUGAAUUCGAAUUAGAUAAAAAAUAUCCAUCUGCUUCAAAUUACUUAACAAGAGUCCUUUAUUCUAGUCGUCAAUCCUGGGCUUGCGCCUUUACAUCAAAAAUUUUUACCACUGGAGUUCAAACAACGUCAUGCGUGAAAGGAUACAAUGGUCUUAUUAAGAGAAUAUUACACAGCAAUGGUAGUUUAUGCGAUUUAUUAAACAUCUUAGAUUCGCGAUUAGAAAAAGAGGCUGAAUGGAACCGUUUCUUUGAAUAUCAGACGUUGUCGUCAUGUGUUGGGAUUUCAUCUGUUGGCAAUGAGAUAUUCCCUACUGUUGAUCAAAUACUUUCAGAAUAUUUGACACCGCAUAUCCUUUCUGUUGAACGUAUUGAAAUGGCUCAAUGCUUAUAUUUCAAUGCAAAUGUGGUUUUUUCAAAUAAGGGUUCUAGUCAAGCACAACAAAGUCAAACCAUACCAUUGAUUCCUCAACAAUUUACUGUUCCUCCUUCAGUAGCAACAAGCAGCCGAUGUGCGGCAACUCGACGUUCCAAGUUUUGCGAAAUAUGGGGCCUUGCACGACAAGCUGCGCAACUCGCAAUUGAUUGUGAUGAUAAUGAGAUGAUUCAAUGGUUAAGAACUUUUAUUAAUCAAAAGAAAUAUUGUCUAACACAAACUGAUGAAUGUGAAAACAGUGAUAAGGAAAACGAUUUGACAGUUGCCAAUCCACCAAUCACCAAACACAAGGGCAGACCCGGAACUAAAAGAUAUAAGGCUACCACAGAGAAAUCAAGUCGUCAACCAUAUACUUGCCGUAGUUGUGAUAAAACUGGGCACAAUAGCGCGAGAUGUCAAAAGAAAGGUGGUGUGUAA